AUGCCACAAGGAUGCGCCCCCAAGACGGCGCCCAGGGUUUACCCGCGAACUAUUCCCUAUUGGCGCGUCUUGGUCGAUCAUGGCGCCGUCACCCAGGAAGUUCUCGAUUCCGAAUUCGCUGGCUCCGGUACUGAAGAGGAUCCCUACGCCGUGACCUGGAUCCCUGGCGACACGCGCAAUCCACAAUUAUUCAGCAUGGCCAAGAAAUUGUCCAUCACGUUGACUGCGGCGGCGACAACUUUAAUCGUAUCCCUUGCCUCUUCUGCGUAUAGCGGAACCAUCGACGAAGUUAUCGAGGGAUUCGGCGUCAGUACUCAGGUUGCUACCCUGGGGCUAUCGCUGUAUGUGCUAGGCUUCGCGAUCGGCCCUCUCCUUUGGGCUCCUGUCGGCGAGGUCUGGGGUCGACAGGUCUCGUUUUUCAUCAGCAUGCUCUGUCUCGCUGCGUUUUUGGCGGGUUGUGCGGGCGCGCAGAACAUCUGGACGCUCUGCAUUCUUCGUUUCUUUGCUGGCAGCUUUGGCUCGUCCCCUUUCAGCAAUGCUGGUGGGACAAUCUCGGAUUUGUACUCAGCGAGGCACCGCGGUUUAGCGCUGAGCUUGUACGCUGCUGCUCCCUUCCUAGGCCCGUCGCUCGGUCCCAUCAUUGGUGGCUUUUUGGGGAUGAAGGCUGGCUGGAGAUGGGUUGAGGGCUUCCUUGCUGCGACGGCUGGUUUUGUUUGGAUACUAUCGACACUGAUAAUUCCUGAAACAUACCCUCCGGUUCUUCUACGUCGACGCGCCGAGACCCUCUCGCAGAUCACGGGCAAAGUAUAUCGAAGUAAAGUUGAGAUCGAUAAAGGCCGAGUGUCAUUGGGGAAUUUGUUGAACAAGUCACUUCUCCGACCCUGGGCUCUCCUUCUCGAGGAGCCGAUUGUCUUUCUUUGCGCGGUAUACAUUGCCAUCGUCUACGGUACGCUGUAUAUGUUCUUCGACGCUUUCCCUAUCGUCUUUCAACAAGGUCGUGGGUGGAAUCCAGGUGUGGGCGGUCUUUCCUUCCUGGGGAUCCUGGUCGGCAUGCUCAUUGGUAUUGGAUGUACGAUCCCUGCAAACAUGCACUACAUCAAAACUAUGGAUGCUCACGGCGGCCGCGCGCCACCAGAGACACGCCUGGUGCAGUGUAUGCCGGGUGCUGUUUUGAUCUCUAUCAGCCAGUUUUGGUUCGCGUGGACGAAUUAUCCAUCCAUCCACUGGAUCGUAUCUAUCAUUGGCACGGCGCCGUUUGGAAUUGGCGUUAUCCUGAUUUACCUCGGGAUCAUGAACUAUUUGAUUGAUUCAUACACGAUCUACUCGGCAUCGGUUCUCGCGUCGAAUGCUGUUCUCCGCUCUGUCUUCGGUGCGAUCUUCCCCGUCAUCUCGCUCUAUAUGUAUGGUAAUCUGGGGAUUCACUGGGCUCCGUCGAUCCCGGCAUUUCUCUCGGUUGCUUGCAUACCGAUUCCGUUCCUUUUCUAUAAGUACGGAGCUGUCAUCAGAUCGAAGUGCAAGUACGCAGCCGAGUCCGAAGAGUAUAUGCAGAGAAUCAGGGCGCAUACACUGAAAGAGAAGAAGUCUGAUGAAAGUAAUACGGGAGAGAUGAUGACGUCCGAGGAAUCUGCUCUUGAAAGGGCGACUACGCUACAUUAA